CACGUCUACUGUGUGCAGUCCCGAGGUCUACUGUGUGCAGGUUACGCAUGCAUGCCUUGUACGUGCUGACGACCCCAUCAAUGCUGCACCAUGGACUCCCCAGAACACGAGCAUGCCUACACAGGCGACCCGCCAAAGCCUCGACAGCUCCCGGCCGACCUACCCACAUCGCUAGAUGACAGAAGGGCCCUCCCUAUGCUGGGGGAGGAGACAGAAAUUUACGAUGCCUGGCAGGGGCAGUCACAGUUCCUCACAACGCCAAUGCCCGCCCGGCCCCUCAGCUUCAAUCUAUCCCUCGACGACCCCAGUCUCGGCGACGAGGACAUGCAGCAGCUCGAGGACAGCGACAGCCGGCUAGUGCAGAUGCUCGCGCACCAGGCCCGCUUGAAGAACGACAACUCCGGCGAUGAAGCGAAGGUGGUGGCCGACGAGAAGCUGUCCCACGAGGAGAAGAAGGAGGCACUGCAAGGCCUGUUCACUCUCGCGGCAUCGAACGGCGAGUUGGAGAGGGUGAAACGGCUGCUGGACGGAAAAGCUAGGGAAUACAUUGACAUUGACGCUGUUGACGCCGAAGGAACACCGCCGCUGGUCUAUGCAAGUUGCUUCGGGCACGAGGACGUCGCAGCCGCCCUAAUCGAAGAAGGCUCCAAGGUAGACGUGCAGGACAGGAACCGGUGGACGCCGCUCAUGUGGGCCAUGACCAACCGCCACAAGGGCAUCGUGAAGCUUCUGCUCGACCAUGGUGCUUCUACGGACGUCAAAUCAUCUGCUGGUAGGACGGCGUUCGAUUUCGUGGAGCCAAACAGCGAGAUAUCCGAGUAUCUCCAUGAGAGCGGCUACAGCAUCGGCAAUGCCGGGGUGACGGAAGAUUUCUACAGCUCAGGAUUCUCCCAGGACCGAUUCGAACAGGAGAUGCAGGAGAACGACAUGAAGCGGCGCAUGAUGAUGGAAAGCGCCUUCAACCUCGAAGUCGACAUCGGCAACCUGGGCAUUGAUGAGCAGCCAGAGUCACCCGGAGAACUGGAGGAGGAGGCGCAAGAGUUCGUUUGGGAUCGAUGUCUGAAUGAUCAAAUGUUCGUCUUCCAGGAGACUGAGCUGGAUCGCAUCCUGGAUAUCAUCAUCACAACCAUGACGCCGCAGCGAUCUCCCUCCCAGAAACCCAUCCCCGCCAACAUUCUGUUCCUAAGUGCUCGUUAUGCGCAUUACCACUCCGGUCCAGAGCUUUUGGAAACGUUACUCGUCUCAGCCAUGGAAAAGAUCAACGAUGUUAUCGAAAAGCACCAAUGGGAUAUGACCGUCCUCGCAUUCUGGAUGUCGAACGCGACAUUACUUCUGCAUUACCUUAAAAAGGAUGCGGGCCUCGUUGCGGCCACCAGCGAAUUCCAACUGCAGAUGGCUGAGCUCGUCAACGAGAUCUUUAUCUUGAUCAUUCGGGACGCCGAGCGGCGGAUGGACAAAUGCUUGGACCAAGCCAUGCUAGAUCAUGAGCCUAUGCCUGGAUUUGAAGAUGUCCAUUUUCAGCACGAGUGGAAAAUAUUUCGAACAAAGGCAAAGGCGAAACCGCCUGAACCACUCGAGAAACGCUUCCGUCCUCCCUCCCCGAAAAGACGCAUGCAGCCGUCGCCACGAAACAUCACCUCGCUCCUCUCGUCAACGCUCUUUGUGCUCGACCUAUACGACAUCCACUCCGUGAUCACUGCUCAGAUCCUCGCGCAACUGAUAUAUUGGCUGUCCGCCGAAAUAUUCAAUCGCAUAAUGUCGAAUCGCAAGUACCUAGCUCGAACGAAAGCUAUGCAAAUUCGGAUGAACGUUUCCACUCUCGAAGACUGGGCACGAGCAAAUAACCGACAGCCGGAGCAUUACGAGAAUGGAUCCAUGACAUCGACAGGCGAGAACACUGUAGAGUCUGCUAAACGCCACCUCGAGCCACUUGUACAGCUCCUGCAGUGGCUUCAGUGUUUCUCUUCCCUUGGCGAGGACCUAGAGUCGCUCGUGGGUACCUUGCAACAGUUGACGCGGCUCUCCCCCCAGCAGCUGCUCCAUGCUGCAAAGUACUACAGGCCAGAGGUUGGCGAAAAGGGCCUGACGAAAAGCGCUCGAAACUAUAUCGUGCACUUGCAGAAAGCGGCCGCAGAACGGAAGGCGGCACGAGCAAAAUCUCCUAAUCCUCCUCAAAAAGCUCCCGAUUCCGCGCCAUCGACACCGGUCAAACCUACAUCGCAACCUAUCACUGCGCCAUCGCCCGCGCCUUCGAGGGCCUCCGAGGAAGAGGAAAAGGACGAGCCGCCAGACGAGCUACUCCUCGAUCCUUCGUAUAUGCUACCUUUCCAUCUACCGACCUCGACAGACAUGCUUAUAAUGUAUGGCGCUGGCUUCGGCGGAGUCAACAAGGAGCGAGAGAGGAAAUAUAUUCCUACAGUGCCGCCCGAAUUUAUGUCCAAGCUCGACCUCACUGGUGGGAAUAAGAAUGGUAGUAGUCUAUACGAUGAGACGCAGUGGAACGAUUCAAGUUAUGGGUGAAGCCUGAACAGCAUAGCUAUGGCCCAUCCAUGCGGCAGUGCUAACAGCGGACCAGACGGGUCAACUUCAAUCGUCGCUCAACCGAUCUUUUCUGGCCAGUCUCAACCGGUCGAAAGAGGUAGAAGAUACGGCACUCUUCUAAACCCUCACCUAGGUCGAGGAAUUGACUGUACAUUCAUGACGAUUACGACCAGUGUAUGGGGUAUUUGGAGACGAAAACGAAAGCGCAUUUUGAAUUUCAGCGCGGAACAUCAAGCACGGCGCACGGCUGCUGGAAUGAGCGGUCUUCCUUUGCUUAUCCAUCUAGAAUAGAUGCAUUUUGGAUCGCAUCGGCGUGAGCUUGUUUGGUAGG